AUGUGUCAAGUUGUUAUUCCAGCUAUAGUCACCGCGGCUGUCGUCAGCUCGCUGAGGUUCGCGAUGGACAUCGUCGAGGGCGACGGUCGAAUUGUCGUGUGUGAUACUAUCUGGGCGAAGGGAAAGAGCACGUUGAGAAGCUUAGUCAUGACUGCAAUCGGCGAAGAAUACCGUCACGUUUUUUGGGGUUUCUCGGCGUUUUACAUUUUUGUGCUUCUUUACACUCGCUCCUCCGUCACACGUGAACCGAUUUCAAACUUCCAUGGUGACGAACGAAGCCUCUUUAUCGCCCUUUUCAGAUUGAGGCUGCAUCAGUACGUCGAGAAGGAUCUUUUCGCGAAUCGGAAUCUGUCACCGGCUCUGGUUGCUGCGACUGUAAACGCUGUUCUUCUUGUCUUCCAAGUCACUCGAGCGGAGCCAAACCCUGCCAUCCCUUUUAUGCCCAAAUUCAAGAGCGUUUUCGCCGAAUACCUGCAACCCCUCUUCACUGGCCCAGCUUGGACCAAGAUACUCGGAUACGUAAACCAGUUUCCCAAACUCUCAGGCAUCGAUCCGAGUACGAAACUUGAUGCCAGUCUGCUGGAUCCGAUCGCGCUGACGGCACCCGUGCUGCCUGAUCUGGGCAUGUCAGUGUGUUUCCGCUACAACAUGGGCAGUACAGGCACCUGCGCUGUUUGGUGGCCGCAUCCACCGCAACUGCAGACGAUUGUGGAGCCGUUAGACGCAGCACCAGCAGCAGGGCCGCUGCCGGCAUCAACGCGACAACCACACUAC